AUGCCUCAUGACCUCAGUGGAUAUGGAAAACUAUUCCUCAAUAGUAACCAUGAAAAAACUCAUAUGGAAGAGAAACCUUAUGAGUUUAUUCAAAAUGGAAAAUGCCUCAGUUAUAAGGAGGACUUCAUUUCAUAUCUGAAAAUUCAAAAUUUAGAGCAAUCUUUUGAAUAUAAGGAAUGUGAGAAGGAUUUCUAUGGAAAGGCAGUUUUCAUUACAUAUAAGCAAGCUUACACAAGAGAGAGUCCUUGUGUACAUAAUGAAUGUAAUGAAGUGUUCUGUAAUAAUUCAACUCUCAUGGUCCAUAAAAUGUCAGAAAAAAGAGAAGACUUUUAUGAGUUUAAUGAAUAUGAAAAAUCCUUUGAGAAGUCCACUUUCUUGAAACAUAGAGUUCAUUUGGAGGUGAAAUACUAUAAAUAUAUUGAAAGUGUAGAAAAAUGCUUUUCUAGGAAAUCUCUCCUCACUUUACAUCAGACAGUCCACACAGGAGAGAAACCCUAUAAAUGUAAGGAAUGUGGGAAAUGCUUUUCUAGGAAUUCACACCUCAUAAUACAUCAGAGAACUCACACAGGAGAGAAACCCUAUGAAUGUAAGGAAUGUAGAAAAAGCUUCUAUCAUAAGUCAUAUCUUACAGUACACCAGAGAAUUCACACAGGGGAGAAAUCCUAUGAAUGUAAUCAAUGUGGAAAAACCUUCAUAAGCAACUCUGUUCUCACAAUACAUCGUAAAACACAUACAGGUGAGAAACCCUAUGAAUGUAAUGAAUGUGGGAAAUCUUUCUCUAGGAGUUCAUAUCUUACAAUACAUCAGAGAACUCACACAGGCGACAAACCCUAUGUAUGUAGGGUAUGUAGCAAAACCUUUUGCCACAAGUCUGAUGUCACUAAACAUCAGAAGACUCACCUGGGGGAAAACCCUAUGAAUGUAUUCAGUGUGGGAAAACUUUUAGUCAUAACUCAGACCUAAAAGUACAUCA